GCGGUUGACCUCUACACAUCACGUCGUUCGUGCAAGACGGCAACGUCGUGAUCGCCGUUUUGAGAAGCGGGAUUUUUCGGCAAGUGUUAUUUUAAGAGUUGUCACGGCAUAAUAAGUGCGAACGGAUCGGCCGUCUUGCUGAAAUCGUGGACAUCGUGCUGCUUGGUGAAUUUGAGUGUAUAUUUGUCAUCGGCAUUGUGCGAACCGUAGCAUCAUGUCGGACGAGAAGAAGGAAACGAAAACAGAAUCGGAGCACAUAAACCUAAAAGUGCUGGGGCAGGACAACGCGGUAGUCCAGUUUAAAAUUAAGAAACACACACCCCUCCGCAAAUUGAUGAAUGCAUAUUGCGAUCGUGUAGGUCUGGCAAUAGCAGCAGUCAGAUUUAGAUUUGAUGGACAGCCCAUUAAUGAAUUAGACACACCAACAACAUUAGAGAUGGAGGAAGGAGAUACAAUAGAGGUAUAUCAACAGCAAACAGGAGGUUCGUGUUGAGAUCCAGUAAAAGUGGACAAAUGGACUAAAUAAAAAUUAUCGUUCCAGUGUUUACUUUUAAUUCAGAAAAUAUGAUUUAUUUUUUUUGUUUACCUCUAAUCAACUCUGAAAAUCAGGAAAAUCAAAGACUUUGCUCUUUCCCAUAAUGCAUAUAUUUAUAUUUAUUGUGACAUUAGAAUUUUAUUAUCACUGUUUUUUUUAUGUUUACUGAAAUUGUCUUUUAAACGUUUAAUAUGAUUCUUUUUAUAUACAAAAAUGCGUUAUGGCAUUGCUCAAAGUCUUCGGUUGUCUCAAUUGUUUACUAUAAGCAUCGAUAGAUUUUUUUAACAUCUGUCAAUCGUUUGCAAAUCAUGAGAAAAGAGCUUACAUUACUGCUGAGAGAAGACAAAAGGGUAUCGUAAAUUACAUAAGUAGACAGCUUUCUCUCAUCAUUUUAUCAUUUGGAAAUCCUAAAAUUUUUCAUGUAUAAUUUUCACACAAAUCAGCAAUGUAAUCAUUCAACUGCCAUAUAAUAAAUUCUCACUUUUAGAUA